AUGGAUAUCUCAUCUCAUCAACAUCUGGAUCCUAAGAUGUUCUGUUACCCAGAAUCAAAUGCCUCCUGCACCAGAGAAAUCUUCAGUGAAGGGGUUCAAAUUGCUUUAUACUUUUUUUUUGUUUCAGGUAUGCUGGUUACUAUUCUAGGGAACGGUGUGGUCAUUAUCUCCAUUGCUCACAUAAAACAGCUCCACACGCCAACUAACACGCUUAUAAUGUCUUUGGCAGUUGCAGACCUGCUGCUUGGAGUAACUGUGAUGCCUUUUAGUACAAUGAGGGCUGUGGAGGGCUGCUGGUACUUUGGAGAUGCUUUUUGUUUGCUGCAUUCUAGUUUUGAUAUGUUCCUCACAUCUGCUUCAAUUUUCCACCUGGUAUUCAUAGCCAUAGAUCGAUAUGAGGCUGUGUGCAGUCCACUUCGCUAUUCCACCAAGAUUACAAUACCAAUUGCAUGGCUCAUGGUUUUUGCCAGUUGGGCCGUUGCUGCAUUGUACUCCUAUGGCCUACUAUAUUCCAAAGCAAAUGUAAGAGGACUGGAUGAAUUCAUUGCAUCCAUAUACUGCCUGGGAAGUUGUAAUCUUUUCCUUAAUGCUCUGUGGGGCGCCCUAGACACAUUGAUAGCCUUUUUCUUUCCGUGCUCUGUAAUGGUGGGUUUGUAUACCAAAAUAUUUUUGGUGGCAAAAGAACAUCUAAGGAAGAUUGAAGACAGCCAAAAUAAUUCCAGUGAGGGAGGUAGAGGUGUGGUGUCUCAACGGUCAGAGCGGAAAGCAGCUAAAACUUUAGGCAUUGUGGUGGGUGUUUUCAUCUUUUGCUGGCUGCCUUUCUUUGUUAAUUCCAUAGUUGAUCCAUACACAAACUUUAGCACACCACCUAUUCUCUUUGAAGUGUUUAUCUGGCUGGGUUACUUUAAUUCUACUGCAAAUCCAAUCAUCUAUGCACUGUUUUAUCCAUGGUUUCGAAAAUGUCUUAAUCUCAUUGUCACAUUGAAAAUAUUCAAUAGAAAUUCUUCUUAUAUAAAUGUAUUUGCUACUACGUGA